AUGGUUUCCUUCCAUGGUUUUUAACACCUGUUUUACCAAGGGAUCAUAGCGCACUUCAUUCUAACUCAUAUGAUUCAUGGCCGUUUAUUGAUACUGGCCAAAUUGAGUUGUCUGUGUUUAGCCAUCUAUGUGUUGUCGCUAAAUUUUGGUAUCGUUUUAUUAUCGCAUUGUAUGUUUUGUGUAUUAGAGGAUUUGUGUUUAAGACUGCUGCUGCCUGUCUGUCUAAUGGUAUAUUGUCUGAUGCCAUUGCUGCU